AUGGCCCCAGCCGGAGAAAGAGACGAGACGGGACGGGAGAAGCAGGCAGCAGCGCACGGCCGGGGAAUGGGGGCCGCAGCCGCCCCUGCACCACGAGCGCUCCUCCGCCCCCGGGUGGUCCCACGGGAGGGGGACACGGGACGAGUUGCUUCCUUUCUCCCACCCAAGCAAUGGGGUAUAUCACACAAGAUUUUUUUUGUAGCAUGUACAAGCCUGGUCUCAGAUAUCUGUUCGAUUAGGCUAACAAAACUCAAAACUUACUACUUCCAUAUAUUUCUUAAAAGUCAUGCUAAAGAAGCUGACAGUAUAUCCAAAAAUCCUUUCCUUACACAUUUUAGUAACUACCACUUCAGGCUGAUUCCUCCAAAGUCACUUCUGUAUUCAUUGAGACAUGGAGACGUAUCAUCAUUAAACAAAGCCAAUGAUUGGAGCCCACAGUUUAAAGUGAAAAAAAGAAAAUCCCGAGACUACAAGAACUCCCGCUGCCGCCUCUACCAGGCGCUGGAGCUCUCCCCCGGCCGGAGGAUCAACUGCUCGGGGAUCGUCCGCGGGGAGGAGAAGGCCAUCCAGGAGGCCCAGCUCAGCAACCUGGAGGUUGGGAACAAAAGGGAUUCCCUGACGCCCGGCGAGUACCUGAACAUGACCAAGGACUGCAGCAGCUUCAAGGAGACCCGGCGGUUCAUUGAGUUCCCGCUGAGCCAGGAGGAGGAAGAGUUCCCCAUCGCCUACUCCAUGGUCGUCCACAACAAAAUAGAGAUGUUCGAGCGGCUCCUGCGGUCUCUCUACGCCCCCCAGAACGUCUACUGCAUCCACAUUGACGCCAAGUCCCCGGCUGCCUUCCAGGAGGCCGUGCGGGCCAUCGUAGCCUGCUUCCCCAAUGUCUUUGUGGCUAGCCGCCUGGAAAAGGUGGUCUAUGCCUCCUGGUCCCGGCUGCAGGCCGACCUCAACUGCAUGCAGGACCUGUUGCAGAGCCCUGUGCCAUGGCGCUACCUCCUCAACACCUGCGGCACCGAUUUCCCCAUCAAGACGAACGCCGAGAUCAUCCGUGUCCUGAAGGUGCUGCAGGGGCGGAACAGCAUGGAGUCAGAGAAGCCCUCGGCCAUCAAGCAGGAGCGCUGGCUGUACCACCACAAAGUGGGGAAGUUCAUCGUCCGGACAGCCACACAGAAACUGCCGCCACCCCACAACUCUCCCAUGUUCACGGGCAACGCGUACAUCGCGGUCACGCGGGCCUUCGUGCAGCACGUCUUCGAGAACCCCACGGCGCAGCAGUUCCUCGAGUGGGCCAAGGACACCUACAGCCCCGACGAGCACGUCUGGGCCACCCUCAACCGCAUGCCCGGCGUGCCAGGCGCCAUGCCCCAGAAUGACAAGUUCCAGCUCUCGGACAUGAACGCCCUGCCCCGCUUGGUCAAGUGGCAGUACCUGGAGGGUGACACCAGCAAGGGCGCGCCCUACCCGCCCUGCACCGGCCAGCACCAGCGCGCCGUCUGCAUCUACGGAGUGGGCGACCUGCCCUGGAUGCUCCAGCAGCACCACCUCUUGGCCAACAAGUUCGACCCCAUGGUGGACGACGCCGCCAUCCAGUGUCUCGAGGAGCACCUGCGCCACAGGGCCCUCUACGGCAGGGGACUCUGA